AUGACACCGGAGUACUGCCAAUCACUAUAUGAAUCAAUACCAAACAGAUUGAAUCAAGUAAUCCUCAACCAAGUCGAAAUAUCAAUCGCCAAAUGGAAAUCAACAAACAUCAGAUUGGAAAUCAACAACAUUAAGAAUAUACUAGAUGAUAUUAUGAACCAAAAAUGUGAUGAUAUUAAGAACAUAACAUUCAACGAUAAUUUAAUCGCUUUUUUGGAAAUACAUUCACAAAACAAAUUAACACAUCCAGUCAUAUUUCAGAAAGUAGUUGAAGAAGACUAUAGGAGAUUUAAAAGAGAAGAAGAGAGAAUUAAACAAAAGAAAAGGAAGAUACAGCAAGAUAGGAAACAGGAUAAGCAACAAGACAAGAAACAAGAUAAUCAGCAAGAUAAGAAACAAGAUAAGAAGAUACAAUAUAAGAAGCAAAACAAGAAACAAGAUAAACAACAAAACAAGAAACAAGAUAAGAAACAAGACAAGAAACAAGAUAAGAAGAUACAAUAUAAGAAGCAAAACAAGAAACAAAAAAAUAAAACAAAAUAUUUAUUCUUUUAUUGUGAACUCUGUUCAUCUUUUAAUCUAUCCAUAUUUGCUGAACUUGUUGUUCCUGAUAUGCUUUAA